ACUUCUUUGGAUCUACCAAUCAAUUCAACAUGAAAGCCCUCGCACUCGCACUCUUAUUCGCACUUUCUCUCUAUCUCCUUCCCUACCCAACUCACUCCACGUUCAAUCCCAUCCGCCUUCGCACUACUGUUGACACUCCGGUGGUGGACACCGACGGAGACGAGCUCCGGCCCGGCGGAGCUUACUACAUAAUCACCGCACCCAUCGACUUAUAUAUGUGGCCACCCGGCACAGAAUUGAAACUCGAAUGGUUAGAUUGGGCGAGCAAAUGCCCAAGCGACGUGCUAAUAUCGCGCAUGAGCGACGGCACACCCAUUACGAUUACCCCGGCGGCGGACCCGAACGCCUCCGUGGUCUUGCCGUCGACUUUCGUGAGCUUCAAAUUCGAGCUUCCCACAAACAAACUUUGUGUGGAUCGCCUAUAUUGGGAGAUGCAUGAGAGUCCAAACUCCGGGCGAGUUUUCGUGAAGGCCGGCGAGUUUGUGUCAAACCAAAGCAACCAGUUCAAGAUUGAAGUGGAACCGAGCCUUAACGGUUACAGACUCACUUAUUGUCCGUUCGGCACCAGCCGAUGCCAUAACCUCGGCGGACAGAUCGACCCACUCACGAGGGCUAUUCAUUUGGGUCUCAAUGAUUUUCCCUUCGUUGUUGUGUUUAAGAAAGCUAGUAAGUGAUGUGUGUUGUGUUUAAGAAAGCUAGU